AUGGUGACAAAGGCGUUGCACUUGGAGUUAGUGUCCGACCUGUCCAGCGCCGCUUUCCUUGCUGCCCUGCGAAGAAUGUCAGCACGUCUCGGAGCCCCGUGUCACCUAUAUAGUGACUGUAGAACGAACUUUGUUGGCGCCAACCGUGCUAUACAGGAGGAGUACGAACAGCUGCGACAGAUAUUUGAUGACAAUUUCUUGAGUGUGCUGGCUAACAUGAACAUUGAGUGGCAUUUUAAUGCCCCUUCAUGGCCGAGCGCUGGGGGGCUCUGGGAAAGAGCUGUUCAGAGUCUCAAAUUCCACCUAAGGAGAGUCAUGGGCGAACAGCGGCUUACGUUUGAAGAAUACUCUACCGUCUUAGCACAGCUGGAGGCGUGCUUAAACUCCCGGCCCCUGUGCGCACUCACGAAGAAUAUUGAAGACUUAGAAUAUUUAUCUCCGGCGCACUACCUUACUGGAGGAGCAGGAUUAACGAUCAUUCAAACUACCGAAGACGCUAGAACCAGAUGGCAUCUAACAACUGAAAUACUCCAGCAAAUAUGGAAGAAGUGGAAGUCAGAGUACCUGUUAGAACUAACUGUAAGAACCAAAUGGUUUCGACCACAACGGAACAUAGAAAUUGGGGAUCUGGUAACAAUCCAUGAUGACAACCUGCCUGCUGGGAAGUGGCCUAUGGCAAGAGUAUUCGAGUUACAUCCCGGCAGCGACGGCCACGUUCGAGUUGGAACUCUUAAAACAGAAAAGGGUUACUUAAAAUGGCCUAUUGUAAAACUAAGCAUUUUACCAAUUCAAAAAGCAAGCAGUGACAGCGAUAGCAGCGAACAGUUGCAAGAAAAUAAAACAAGAAACAAGAGGUCAAUAGGUCAUUCAACUUUACACUCCAUCGUAAUGGCUCUAUUAUUUUUUACAACAUUGGUGUCUACGGUGAGUGGAACAAGCAACAUAACUCAUCUGAAUGAAAAACAAACAUUGUACUUUAACCCGUUGGCAAAACUACAGCUUCUGACGGGACAGAAGCAUUCAAGAAAUUAUUAG